AUGGAUUUCGACUUUUUACUCAACGACACAGCUAUCCAGUUUUCCGAUUUCCGGGAGUUCACGUUUCUUCCCGGACAUCAAAGAUUGUCUGAACGAGUGAGAAAGCGACUAUAUUAUGGAUUGGAUCACGAUGUGUCACUUGAAGUUCUGUCCUCCCCUGUGACAGAUAUCGCUGUUGAAAUCUUCCAGAAAUCUGCACCAAGUCCAAUCCGGAAACUCCACAAGAAAUAUGCCGUUCAUGUCGCCAGGGAGGCUUGUAUUUCACCAUGUGCCAUGAUGCUGGCGUUGGUUUACAUUGAAAGGCUUCGAAACAGAAACCCUGAAUACCUGCAAAAGAUCUCAUCCUCUGACCUCUUCUUGAUCUCCAUGAUGGUUGCCAGCAAGUACUUGUACGACGAAGGAGAGGAAGAGGAGGUCUUCAAUGAUGAGUGGGGAGCAGCUGGGAAGCUCGAUGUUGAGACGGUCAACAAGCUGGAAAUGAAUUUCCUCUGCGCUAUUGAAUGGAGUCUCUUCACUGGGUCUGAUGACUUCUUGGAGGCACUGAGCCAACUAGAGAGCAGCGUGGCGAAGCGUGAGGGGACAACGCGAGGCUGGUUUAGCUACACAGACCUCUGCGUGCUGCUCGAGCAACCAGCGUGGAGACAGGCGUUUGCGGCAAUCUACCAGCACUUUAUCAAGGUUUCCUGUAUGCUCGGGUUUCUCUAUCUGACCAGCGUGGCCGGCUUCAUUGCCACAAGCAGCGUGCUCCACCAGCUCAGUCUCUCUCCAAGCAUCCAGAGCCCGUUGGCUCCCCCGGACGAGGUCACCCCGGCACUCCUUCACAUCUCCGACCCCGACGUCCCCGCUCCACCGCAGCGGAUCCGCUGUUGCUCACUGUCCAACGAGAGUAUGAACUGCCACGCUGAUGUCGUCGGACCGGAUCGACUGCACAGAACGGCGUCCCCUUCCGUCAACUCAAAGACAUCGAUAUUGUGUCUCUGGGGCGCACUGCUCACCUCUUUGGGAUCUGUACGACCAGAAACUGCCUUGGAGUCAUUCGAAAACUGGUCUACCCCCUUCUGUCGCAGCACGCUCACAAACAACUCCGCCGUAUUCACCAGUCACGCAUCGUGGCUUGCCUCCAUCUAA